AUGAAUUCCUCAAGGAGAGUAGCAUUAAUGAGUGUUGUAUGUUUCUUUGUGUUGUUAUGUUGUAGUGCUGUUUCUGCACAGCUUAGCCCAACAUUUUACAGUACAAUAUGCCCUACUGCGCAGAGAAUUGUAAGAGCCCUUGUAAGGCAAGCUGUUGCCAACGAGAAGCGAAUGGGAGCAUCUUUGCUGCGCCUUCACUUUCACGACUGUUUUGUCAAUGGCUGCGAUGGGUCGGUACUUUUGGACGAUACGCAAGGUUUCACAGGAGAGAAGAAUGCAGGACCAAAUGCAAAUUCACUGAGAGGUUUCGAAGUGAUAGACAAAAUCAAGGGCAUAAUGGAGAGAGUCUGCGUUGGAGUCGUUUCCUGUGCCGACAUUCUUGCAAUAGCUGCUCGUGAUUCGGUAGUCGAAUUGGGGGGUCCUGGAUGGGUAGUAAACCUUGGAAGGCGAGAUGCAAGAACUGCAAGCCAGAAUGCCGCAAACACCAAUCUUCCAGGCACAUUCUUUAGCCUCAACAAUCUCAUCUCAUCAUUCCAAAGCCAGGGACUCUCUGCAAACGACAUGAUUGCACUUUCAGGUGGCCAUACAAUUGGGCAAGCCCGAUGUACCGCCUUCAGAACGCGGCUUUACAAUGAGGCCAACAUGAACCAGGUAUUUGCCUCUUCGUUGAAGGCAACGUGCCCAAGAACAGCUGGCAAUGGCGACAACAAUCUCACACCCUUCGACGCUAGCAGUCCAAAUUUGUUUGACAAUGGGUACUACACAAACCUGAGAAGCCAGAAAGGACUUCUGCACUCUGAUCAGCAGCUUUUUAAUGGUGGUUCUGCCGACGCUCUUGUUUCCCUUUACAGUGCCAACCAGACUGCCUUCUUUAAUGACUUCGCUGCUGCCAUGGUGAAAAUGGGAAACAUUAAACCAUUGACUGGUAACAGCGGAGAGAUAAGGAAAAAUUGCAGGAGGUGGAACUGA